AUGGCGUCAGCGAUUUCUCUCUCUCUCUCAAACGUGACAACGCCGUUGAAAUCGGAUUCAAUCCGCAAGUCUAAACUCACUCCUCAGCAUCUUCGGCUUCACUCUUCUCCUAGACCUCUCGAAGUUUCUCUCAAAUUGCGUUCGAUUACUGUUCCAAUCUCGUGCAGUAGGCGAAGAGUUGACUUUAUUCCUCGUUGCGGCAUUUCGUCGAACGACUUUCCUGCUGAGAGAAAGAAGAGCUUCGGCGAGUGGGUUGAGUCUGUGGGAGAGGCGGUCUCGACGGCGUUUCCGAUAUGGGUUUCUCUGGGAUGCUUGUUGGGGCUGAUGAGACCGAGUGCGUUCAAUUGGGUCACUCCCGAUUUGACCAUUAUAGGUCUUACGGUCACGAUGCUCGGAAUGGGAAUGACUUUGACCCUCGACGAUCUUCGUGGCGCGUUGAAGAUGCCUAAAGAGCUCUUCGCUGGCUUUGUUUUGCAGUACUCGGUCAUGCCAUUAUCAGCGUUUCUAGUGAGCAAACUCUUGAAAUUGCCGUCACAUUAUGCAGCCGGACUCAUAUUGGUUGGUUGCUGUCCAGGCGGUACGGCAAGUAAUAUUGUCACGUACAUUGCUCGUGGAAAUGUGGCACUAUCAGUAUUGAUGACAGCAGCUAGCACUCUUUCAGCUGUGAUUAUGACACCGCUUCUUACGGCGAAGCUAGCCAAACAAUAUGUCGCAGUUGAUGCUCUUGGCUUAGUAAUGUCAACACUACAGGUGGUUCUGCUUCCAGUGUUGGCUGGUGCAUUUCUGAACCAAUACUUUCAGAAACUGGUGAAAUUUGUUUCCCCUGUGCUGGCUCCGAUCGCGGUUGGAACGGUUGCGAUUCUGUGCGGGACUGCUAUUGGUCAGAACGCGUCGGCGAUUCUCACGUCUGGGAAACAAGUAGUCAUGGCUUCAGUGCUUCUUCACGUCUCUGGAUUUCUCUUUGGGUAUCUGUUUUCAAGAUUACUAAAAAUCGAUGUGGCAUCGUCAAGAACUAUCUCUAUCGAAGUUGGCAUGCAGAACUCGGUGCUUGGACUUGUUCUUGCGGCACAGCAUUUUGGGAAUCCGCUCACUGCAGUACCGUGUGCUGUUUCUAGCGUCUGUCACUCCAUUAUUGGUAGCGUCUUGGCUGGAUUUUGGAGACGCAGUGCCACAAAACAGCUACUAGACUAA